CAGAGAUAAGCCCCGCUUAAGCGCCCAUGAUCUAAAAAUAGCAAUUAACAGGCUCCGCGCUAAUGCCACCAACGUCUCAACUACUGCAUAGCGUCGCCAUUAAUGCAUGCUCAAGGCCACACGCACCGUUCGUGCAACACCGGACGAGGGAAGUGGCUAGCCUUGUGGUCCUAAUGGUGCAGGUGAGAAAUAGGCCGAAGCACAGCCGCAUGAGAACACCACUUUCGUACUCCGCAUACCUCAUGAGGGAGCCUGAUAUUCGAAAUUAGCCUACUGAUCCCUGUCGUAGCUGUCUAUAUCAAAUCCACCAAGCCCCGCUUGAAAUGGCCAUGUUGAAGUUGUCUAAAGUUCGCGCCCCGAUACAAAUCUAUGGCUUCUCAAAUGUUCACACCCUUACCAUCUCGAACCAGUUCACCGUCUCCGUGCACAUCAUUGGACGAUGGUGGGCAUGAUGUCGACUCGCUUUCGCCUAACGAUGUGGCCGAUCCGAGAGAUGCGAAGGCCUCUCCUAGGCCUAUCGCAAGGCGCGAAUUCAGACCGAUAACAAGGGCACCCUCGUCUCCGCAACCUGGGAAUAGACUCACUAAUUCGUCGGGUGACAUGACAGUACAACGCUACUUGAGAAAUGCUGCCAAUGGAGAUCAAAAUGUCGUUUGUUUGGAACGAAUACUGUCUGCCACUCCGCCCCCAUCACUGCCACCCUGCGAAGUUGCAGACUCUAACAUUGGGCCUGCUCGCGAAACUCUACCAGCAUCCCUUCCUGAGGAUACCGCUCUAAAGCAGGAUUUUGACCUUAAGAAAGACGAUGCACCUUUUACGACUGAGGAUAUUAUCCUUGGAAUUCGCAACAUAAUGACGAGAGAAUACAAAGAGGAGAACAUGGGAUGCGCAUACGUCUAUCGUGACCGUAAGGAUGGGAGUCAAUAUUUCAAAAUCGGCUCUACGGAUCGGAUACAAGUACGCGAAAAAGAACUUCAGAACCAAUGCAAGCAUAUCGGCUGGGAGCUGAUUCCGGAGCCAAAGAUGCCGAUCUGGCAGUAUAAACGACUAGAAAGGCUUGCUCACAGUGAGCUCAAAAACUUGAGACAUGACCCCAAUUGUGCCUGCAGUACCAAACAUCGAGAAUACUUUCGUGGCUCCAAUGCAACUGCCUCUGAGGUUCUGGAGCGCUGGUCGCGCUGGUUCGUUAACUACGAGCCGUAUGACAAGAAGAAUAGGUUGAAACCUUUCUGGGUGGAACGACUGGAGACGUUCACCACGAAUAGAAAUGCGCUCACAUAUUUCAACUGCCAUGGGAACAGGUGUUCGCGUCAAGAGUCCAAGCCUUUUGCUUGUCAAGCGUGCCUGCGCGCAGGAUGGAAACGGUGGACACAGCCAACGAUUCUCGAGAAAGCUGGGUACUCCUGCCAAACUUAUAUGAGGACUCUAGGACAGCGCUCACUAGUGCCUACAUGCCUCCUGGGCAUUAUAGGCGGCAGACUGUUUGUGCCGGUGCUCCUUGUUCUUUUGCAGGGACAUGGCGUCUCUUUCAAGACCAUUCUCGACUUUACGAUAUGCAUAUGCUUGCUUUUCUGCUAUCAUUCCCAUCGCGGGAGCUUGGAGAGUCUCCAGGGUCCAUCGAGCCUGAGCAAAAAGGCCCCAUCGACACCAAGGCAACUGCCUAUGACACGUACGAACUCGAGCAGCGACAGCCACUAUUCUGGUCGUGGGAAGAAGAGAAAGCUGUCCAAACAAUCUCCGGAAGAUGACACCAAAGGUUCCAAAAGCCCCAGUGACUCAAAUAAGGGACGCAGCAUCACCCCACAGCUUCGUCUGGACCUAAGCAUCCUUGGCCAGCAAACUCUGCCCAACCCUUUCAUGAUACCUCAAGGGGCGGGCUCGAGACUCACUGUGGAUCAGAAACAGAAGACCAGAAGACGAAAAAGCGACAUUCACUGAAAGGCUCGUCCUCGGUUUUGGAUCUUGUAGAAGUGCCAAGCAACAUACCACAUGGAGAUGAUUUCAAUAAGAUCAGGUAUUACAAUGCGGGUAGCCAACAUGCGUUGCAGAUAUGAAUGUGUGGGCACUGAGGGCAUGCGCUCAUGCUAGUAACUUGUAUGGUAGUUGGAGACAGGACAUUCAUUGGACGACGGGUACGCCUAGAUGCACGAGGCCAUCACCCAUGGGGUAUCAGGAUUGCCAUCGGGUCAGUCGGCAAGGUGAUCAUCAACAAGGUUUCCUGUCGCUCAAAUUGAGUUUCGUGAUCUCAGAUCCUUUUCUCAAGCCUGGGCUGA